AUGGGACUAAUGUAUGUGCUGGCUCUUGUCGUCCUUUUUGCAAUGACAUUUAACAAUGCUUUUUCAAAUGCAUCGCCAUCCUCUUUAGACAUUGACUCUUUGGUAAAUGUUGUCGAUUCGAGGAUGAUACGUCGGGAAGAAUACGAUCCAUAUGGUUUCAAUUCCAUUUUGAGUCGAUAUUACAAACGUUCAAGACUCGCUGAUGCUACAGUUCCCGAUGGCCAUUAUUCUCCCGAUGAACUUAGCUUCUUCGAAUAA